ACAAAGCACAUGUGUCGCUGAGCACUGGGACUGAGACUGUCAACAUGGGCAAGCGAAGACAGAACAACCAGCUCUUUACCAACCUGUCUAAAAAGCAGAAGAAGCAUCUAAAGGAAUUCGGAGAAGAGCAUCCAUUCCAUGAUAUUGUUAGUGAAAGACCUGAAAGAACACAAAUAGUCAAGCUGCGAGGUGUCCCAGAACAGGCUGUUGAUGGCAGCGAGGAUGAGGAAGAGCUGGAUCAGAAAACAGCCUAUCAGAAGCUCCUGUCGACUCUCAGCGUUCCCGUAGACAACGGCCACAGCGAUGACGAUGAGGAGGAGAGUACUGACGAGGAGGAGGAAGACGAGGAGCUUGCUGAGGAAGGCGAGGGCGACGGCAGCGAUAGUGAUGACGACGAUGAUGAUGAUGAUGAUGAGAAUGGCAAAGGGGAAGACGAAAGCGAUGAAGAUGUUGAUGAGGCAGCAGUAGAGCAGGAUGAGACGGAAGAGGGCGGUUCCGACGGAGGACUGGGGGAGGAGACGGAGGGGGCGGAGGACGAGUUCACAGACAAGGAGCACGAGUCUCUGUUCUGCCUGGAGAAGAACUUCAUCGGGGAGGAGGAGAUACAAGACACACCUCCUGAAGAACAAGACGACGCUAAAGACAUAUUUGUGCAGCAUCUAGACAUGGAGCUCAGUGAUAAAGAGGUGGAGAAGAUUGCGUCCGGACCCAGGGCUAAGACCACCCUCACGUGGCCCGUGACGGGUACCCUGCUGUGCUCCACCCCGCUGGAGAGGCUGGGCCCGCUCGGCCAGGCCAAGGACGCCGUCCUCCCCGCCUUCCACAAAGUCCUGGAGGGCCACUGGAGGUCCCUGAACCGGGCCUCGGACCCUGAGGGCGGGGCGGCGGAGCUGAGCCCCCUACAGACGGAGCUGCUGGGGCUCAUGGGCAGCUACAGAGACCUGUACUACCCCGAGAGCUCCCCGCUGGGCAGCAGCCAGCAGGUGCGCAGCGCCUACUGCCUCCACGUGCUCAACCACGUCCUCAAGGCCAACUCCCGCGUCCUGUUCAACAACUCCGUGCUCCACGCGGGGCAGGCCGCAUCCAAGGCCGGCGCCGAGCCCCAAGACGAGCCCCGGGACCAGGGUCUGACCCGGCCCAAGGCUGUGAUCCUGGUGCCGUUCCGGGACGCGGCGCUGCGCGUGGCCCAGACCCUCAUCGGCCUGAUGGAGAGCCGGAACCCUGCCAUGGACGUCAGCAACAAGAAGCGCUUCAAGGAGGAGUACGGCGAGGAGGCGGACGACAAGCCGCCCAAGGUGCAGAAGCCCGAGGACUACCGCGCCACCUUCUCCGGGAACGUGGACGACCACUUCAGGAUAGGUCUGUCCAUCAUGCGGCGGAGCCUGCGUCUGUACGCGCCCUUCUACUCGUCGGACAUCAUCAUCGCCUCGCCGCUGGGCCUGCGCACCCUGCUUGGCGCCGAGGGCGAGAGCAAGAGGGACUUUGACUUCCUCUCCUCCGUGGAGCUGCUGGUGGUCGACCAGGCCGACAUCUUCCUCAUGCAGAACUGGGAGCACGUUCUGCACACCAUGAGGCACAUGAACCUUCAGCCGCUGGAGGCCCACAACGUGGACUUCUCGAGGGUGAGGCUCUGGAACCUUAACAACACGGCCAAGCACUACCGCCAGACCAUGGUGUUCAGCGCCGUGCAGGACCCCCAGAUCAACAACCUGCUGUCCAAGCACUGCUUCAACUACCGUGGCCAGGUCGCCGUGAAGAACAUUCCAAAGACUGGCUCCAUCUGUCAGGUGCUGGCACAGCUGCCCCACGUCUUCCAGAUGUUUCCCUCAGACUCCUUCAUGGACCAGGACACUCGCUUCCAGUUCUUCAUCGAGAAAGUGCUGCCUCAGUACAAGGACUCGGUCAUGUCCCACACCCUGAUCUACGUCCCGUCGUACUUCGACUACGUCCGCCUCCGCAACCACAUGAAGAAGGCCAACAUGAACUUCGCCAGCGCGUGCGAGUACUCCACCAAGUCGGAGGUGUCGCGCGCCCGCCACCUGUUCCAGAAGGGGGAGCGCCAGUUCCUGCUCUUCACCGAGCGCUUCCACUUCUACAAAAGGUACACCAUCCGGGGGAUCCACAACCUGGUGUUCUACGGCCUGCCCACGUACCCCCACUACUACAGCGAGGUGUGCAACAUGCUGACGGCCGGGGCCCAGGCCCACGAGGCCAGCUGGACCUGCACCGUGCUGUUCUCCCGCUACGACGCCCACAGGCUGGCCAGCAUCGCCGGGGCCAAGCGCGCCGGACAGAUGCUCAGCUCCAACAAGGGCGUGCACCUCUUUGUGACCGGCGAGGACGAGAAGGCCUCAUGACCUCCCAGCGCCUGAGCCUCUCUGAACCAUCUUUGGACCCGGAUGAAGUCUGAAUAUCCAUUAAUAAAAAUUGUACAGUCCUGCGUCGCUAAUCUCUAAAGUCGUGAACAUGGUCAAUGUGUCUUGUAGGGCAAGACCGUAAACCAUUCGCCUUCGGAUAGGUUAUCUACUCUGUUGGACUCUGUGAGAUAAGAAAAAGGUGGUCAUUAAUGGGUUUCUUGUGUUAUAUUUCGCACUGUCACCCAAGUAGGUCAUUCUAGAAUAUCUACUAUAUGUAUAUUUUAUGAGUAAAUGAUUUUUACUGAA